AUGGGCCCGGCUGCCUGGAAUGAGACGCGGACCUCAGACUUUGUGCUGCUGGGGCUGUGGGCCCCGCCAUCCCUGCGGCCCUUGCUGUGGGCGGCACUCCUGGCGGCCUACAUGGCCACGGUCCUGGGCAAUGGCACCCUCGUGGGACUGAUCGCGCUGGACCGGCGGCUGCACCGGCCCAUGUACCGCCUUCUCGCCCACCUGGCACUGCUGGACACCGCGUACGUGAGCACCACGCUCCCGCAGGCUCUGGCGCAUAUGAUGGCACGCCGCCCCGGCACCCUCUCCCCGGCGCGCUGCGGGGCCCAGCUCUACGUGGGCAUCUCCCUGGGCAGCAGCGAGGCCAUCCUCCUGGCUGCCAUGGCGCUGGACGGCUACCUGGCCGUGUGCCAGCCCCUGCGCUACACGGCGGUCAUGAUGCCGGCGCGCUGUGCCGCCCUGGCCACCACCGCGUGGGCGCUGGGCUUUCUGCUGUCGGUGCCCAACGCCGCGGCUGCGCUGCGCCUGCGCUUCUGCCCCGGGAGGCCCCCGGUGGACCACUUCUUCUGCGAGCUGCCGGCUGUGCUGAGGACCGCGUGUGCGGACACCACAGCCAAUCACAUGCUGGUCUAUGGCUUGGGCACCCCCAUCCUCUUGGUGCCGUUGGCCUUCAUCCUUGCCUCCUACGCUUUGAUUCUGGCGGCCGUGGGCAAGCUGCCUUCUGCCAAGAGCCGCCUCAAGGCUCUGUGCACUUGCAGCUCACACCUGGCGGUGGUGGGUCUCUUCUAUGGCACGGUAACUGCCAUGUACCUACGCCCCCAGGGCUCCAGCGCCCUGCCUGCCAAGCGCCACAAGCUGGUGGCUGUUUUCUAUCUUGUCAUAACUCCUGUCCUGAACCCACUCAUCUACAGCCUUCGGAACAGCGAGGUCCAUGCGGCAGCCUGCUAUGCCCUCGCCCGCCUCCGGGGGUUCCGCACUGCCCUGGGUUGA